CACUAUGGGUCCCUCCUGGGCAGCAGAGCUUGUGUCCACAUGGCAGCAGCUGCCUGGGGCAGUGGCUUUCUCAAUGCUCUCCUGCACACGGCCAAUACAUUUUCAAUACCCCUCUGCCAAGGCAAUGCCCUAGACCAGUUCUUCUGUGAAAUCCCCCAGAUCCUCAAGCUCUCCUGCUCAGACUCAGACUACCUCAGGGAAGUUGGGCUUCUUGCUUUUAGUAACUUUUUUUCUUUUGCCUGUUUUGUUUUCAUUGUGGUGUCCUAUGUGCAGAUCUUCAGGGCUGUGCUGAGGAUCCCCUCUGAGCAGGGACGGCACAAAACCUUUUCCACGUGCCUCCCUCAUCUGAUCGUUAUCUCCCUGUUUAUCAGCACUGGUGUGUUUUCCUACCUGAAGCCCUCCUCCAUCUCCUCCCCACAUCUAGACCUAGUGGUGUCAUUUCUGUACUCCGUGGUGCCUCCACAUAUUCUCAGAUAA